UAUGAAGCAUGAUCCAUCAGUAUUAUGAAACCCGAUCGUACGUAUGAACGUAGAUGUCUGAUGUGAUGAGUAGCAGCAGAAAAAAAAGGAAGUCAAAUUAUUGUGUUACUUUGUUGGUUUGCUUUCAUUUAAUAUUUGUAUUGACUUUGUUUCUGGUAUCCUUAGAGGUGGACUGACCCAAGGCUAACGUGGAAUCCAGAAGAGUUUUCUGAUAUCCAGGAAGUUAGUCUACCAGCUACAAAUUUGUGGAUUCCAGAUGUAGGCGUUAUGAAUGGCAAGGCAUCGACAGAUUUCGAUUUCAGUGCAGGAGUUAGGGGACGCGUAACUGUGAAUAAAGAGGGAUCAGUCACUUGGCUUCAUGGUGCAGUACUGGAUGUGACAUGUCCAUUGGAUGUAUCAUUUUUCCCUUUCGAUUAUCAAACAUGUUUCCUGAUUAUUGUUCCCUGGCAAAGUGGUGAACAACAGUUACUUCUGCAUCCAUUUACACAUGGUUCAGCUGUAGAUAAUAGCUACUUACCCAAUUCCAAUGUUAGUGAGUGGGAGAUACAGUCAGUGCAUUUUGUACGCAAAAAAUAUCGUAGUGAUCUCAAUGUUACGUAUCAGUACGUGAGUAUUGCAAUCCAUUUAAAACGUCAACCGUUGUAUUUUAUUGUACUUGUGCUUGUUCCAUUCUCAAUGUUAUCCGCUCUUGCCUGUUUGAUAUUCACUCUGGACGACACCGGAGAUCGGCUGUCAGUUGCACUUUCUUUAGUUCUCAGUAUGACUAUGUAUGUGGUCAUUGUUUCGACGAAUGCACCAAGAUCAAUGAGAACUUUACCCGUUUUAGGUAUUUUUCUUCUUGACCAACUUGGCCUUUUAAGCAUUGCAACUAUACUCGCCGUAAUGAACAAUAAACUGUAUCAAUCAACCGAAUUAGUUAAUUGGCAAGACUUUAUUUACGCAAUCUCAGGUACUGGACAAGGUAAACGGCGUACCAGUGAUCCAUAUUCAGAUUACUUUUACCUCAAUAGACAUGCACACGAUAAUCAUAUUCACAAUAAUGAUAAUAAGAACAUAUACUCAUUUAGUUACAUGAGUAAACAAAACAAAAAGUCCAGAUCAUCAUCAUCAUCACAACCACAACAACAUACAGAUCAUUUACCGGAAAAAAACACGUUAUACAAUCAAAACUAUUUUGGAAAAUACUGCAAACCAGUAAGACUUUUAUCUCGUAAGAACAGCACUUCAACUAAGCCAACUAGUAACAAUAAUAAUAAAAAUAAGAAUCAUAAAAAUCAUUACUUACACAUGCUUCAGGAAGGUGGACAUUUUGUGGAUUAUUGUGACUCUGAGUAUAUUCUGAAUUCAAAUAGCUUUCCAUCAGAUGCUAAGUUUCGUUCUGCAGAUCCUGAUUCUGAUAGUCCGAUAGGACAAGCACGGAAAGUAGCAAGACCUACGACUAUGAAUACAACCAGUACCAAUAUUAUUCACAAUAUCAAUACUAUUAAUAACAGUAUUGAGAGUGACAAUAACACUGGUACAAAUAAACAAGCCUCCAAACUCUAUGACUACAGAAUGGUGCAACAAAAAAUGAAUGACAAUGACAUGCUAAAUAAGUCUUAUCAUGCGAUGAAAGACAAAUCUAAGGUAAGCCUUUCAGACAGGUCACCUUGGAUAGAACAUUUACCAAUGUCCUUUGAUCAAAUAACUAAACAAAAAUAUCUGAUGAAGGCAGCCUAUAAAUAUUCCUCACCAUCAUCCAGUGGAAGUUCUUCCAGUGAUGAUAAGGAUGAUGAUUUUGAUUUCGAUUAUAACGAUGAAGAUAAUAACGGUGGUAGUAAUGGAGCGGUGGAUAGCGACGCUUCAGAAAGAAUGUUUCAGACGACUGUGACAGCGACUGCUGCAGCUGCUUUGGCAGCCACUCAUGUCCUUGCAUCAGGUUAUUGUGCAAAUAAUCAAACUGCGGCACAUUUGAAGAUCUGCGGUGGAAAAGUUAACAAUAAAACAAACAAAAAUGACCCACUCAGUACAACUAAUCUUUCCGACAUAACUAGAUCAAAGAAAUAUUCAGGAAGUGCCUUUCCAGUUCAGACAAAGAAUUAUGAUCAUAUUAAUUCAAGAUUAGCGGCUCAUGCAGCAAUAAAUGCAGCAUAUGAAGCCGCUGCACAAACUUAUCAGCUAAGUAAACACCCCGCUAGAAAUCAUUGCUAUUCUAGAUAUUCCCAACCACCAAAGUACAGUAGACGUUAUAGCAAGCGUUUACCAAAGUGUAACUGCUCUGAUUACUAUACUGAUCAUUCCAACCAGCCUAAUCUUUAUCCAUACCGUAAACUUGCCUCACGCUUAGACUGUAUUCAGAUGAUAACUUAUCUUUUCCUAUCUACGAUAAACGCUAUUGCUUGUCUGAUACUUAUGCCUAAAUAUUCACAGGAUUCUAACCCACCUGCUCAUUUAAUCUCUUAAGAAAAAAUGUAUUUCUUAACUGAUUUUUGCGGUAAUCCAUGAUUAAAACGGAAGUUGUACCAGAGAAUUACAAUAAGCAGUUCUCCUUUGCUUAAUCUGUUAUCUGUUUUACGGGUAGGACACAGGAACUAUUGAGAGCAAUGGGAAUUUUAAUAUCUGGAGUAAGCCAAUAAUAUUUAUUUUUUUAACUAGUCAUCACUAAUCAACUAUUGUGAAAUCAUCGCAUUCCAACCCAGUGACUGAAAGCAACGUACUACAUAUGAGGAGGUCUGAUGAUCCUGAGUUUGAUUAUCAAAUUAUCAAGACCUGUUGAUUUGGUCAGUCUGCAAACUAAGACUUCAGGAUUGAACGGUUAUCUUCGAUUCUUAAUAGUCUCCAUGAUAAUACUCGUUCGUGUAAAUUAGCUCUAAAAUAUACUGUCUAACUAACUCGCUAAGCGAAUUAUUUUCCUGUCAAUUAUUGACUGUUAGUGUUGUGUUUGUCACUAUAAUCUUCUUAUUAAUUCCUAAUUUGAUGUCUCUAACUUCAAGCUUUUUGUACACUGAAAUUUAUAAUAAUAAAUAUAUCAUGCUACCUUGUAUAGGUUUGGGGAAUAAUAAUUUACCACAUG